GUUGCUGGAGACCUAUUCUUACCCGAAUCUUCACGGGUCAAGAUUGGUUUGAAACACAUGCAGGCAUAGCACCCAGCAAAUUUCACCACUCGUUUUUUAAGUGACAGUCCGUGAUAUUAGAAUUGUGUUUACUGUCACAAGAGAAUCAAACACAUAAUUCCGCUUAAAGACUAUUUUGAGGCGUUUUACUACAAUUUUUCAUUCGCCAUAUUGUGCUUCCCAGUUUUGACUUUAACCCAACCGCAGGAGUAAACACUGCCACAGGACUGUCAGUUGGAAUAUAGGACAGAAGGAUUAACUUUGUUGACAAAGAGCUUUGAAGAUGGACAUAACUGUGAAACAGGAGCCAUGUGGAGAAAGUCCGUCUCCUCCAGAGUGUGAGAGACUCCAGAAUAACUACAUGGAAGUUGAGGCACCAGGUGAUGACCGUUUUCUGUAUUGCCAGGACUGCAACAAGGAGUAUGAAGGGGACUGUUCAGUACACGGACCUCUUCUCAUGGUGGCAGACACACAGGAAACAUUGGAAAAUGUUGACAGAGCUUGGAAAACGAUGCCUGUUGGUCUGGAGAUUGAGGAAUCUGGGAUCCUAGGCGCUGGUCUUGGAGUUUGGGCGUCUCAGGACUUUGUUCCGCGCACCUGCUUUGGGCCGUACGAGGGAGACUCCAUCCAAGAUGAGAACACUGCUCAUGCAUCAGGAUACAGUUGGCAAAUCCACACAGAUGGACAACCUUCCCACUUUGUAGAUGGCCAACACUGCAACACUGCCAACUGGAUGAGAUAUGUCAACUGUGCUCGAACAGAGGAAGAACAGAAUCUGACUGCAUUUCAAUACAAUGGUCAUAUCUACUACAGAGCCUACAAGAAGAUCAGUGUUGGUUGCGAGCUGCUUGUCUGGUAUGGACACAAGUAUGCAAGGAACCUUGGUAUCGAGAGACAACUUACACUCCAAGAGGGGCACACUGAAGAUAUGUACCCAUGUGACAGCUGUGAUCUUGGGUUCUCAUCUGUUGUGUUCUUGUGGAAACAUCUGAACAAGAUGCAUGAAGGAAAACUGACAGCUCAGUUGAGGUUCAUAGUGAACACUCAGGGUGUUAGCGUCCAUGACUUUAUUGAGAAGAUAGAGAGCCAUAAACAGAAGCAUGACACUAAGGGCGUUAACUUCAGUGACUUUACUUGGGAGAUAAAGAGCCGUAAGCAGAAGAGUGACACUAAGAACAUUAACUUCAGUGGGGAGAUAGAGAACCAGAAGCAAAAGAGUGACACUAAGGGCGUUAUCUUCAGUGACAUCAGUGGGGAGAUAGAGGACCCAGAAGAGGACAGCAACAAUGUCCUUAAUGAGGACGGAAACACUGGAGGUGACGGAGCAGAAACAGCUAAACCCCAGAGACACAAACAGCAUCAGAGUGGGCCACUCCUUGAGUGUGGUGAGUGUGGGGAGGGAUUCAAUGCACCAAGUAAACUGCAGACACACAUGACAUGCCACACAGAAAUCCAGCCUUUUCCAUGUAAGGAGUGUGGGAAAACAUUUACAAAGUCACGUGACCUAGCUAGACACAUGAGACUUCAUGGAGUAAAGUCUUAUAAGUGCACCGAGUGUGAGAAAACAUUUGUACAAGCAGCUUAUUUGCAGAAACACAUGAAGUAUCACAAUGGCGUCAGGUCACACAAGUGUAGUGAGUGUGGGAAAGCCUUUGUAGAAGCAUCUGAGCUUCAAAGACACAUGAUUUGUCACACUGGAGACAGACCAUUUAAGUGCAGUGAGUGUGCGAAGGCAUUUCGACAAUCUGGUAGCCUUCAGAUACACAUGAGGAGCCACAGUGGCAUCAAGCCUUAUAAAUGUAGUGAGUGUGGGAUGGCAUUUGUGGUGUCAGGUAGCUUGCACCAACACAUGAGGUGUCACACAGGAGUCAGACCAUAUCAGUGUGGUGAGUGUGGGAAAGCAUUUGCAAAAUCCGGAAACCUGCAGACACACAUGAGGAGCCACAGUGAUGUCAAGGCUUAUGAAUGUAGUGAAUGUGGGAAGGCAUUCGUAGGAUCAAGUAGCUUGAAGAAACACAUGAGGCGUCACACAGGAGUCAAGCCUUACAAGUGUGGGGAGUGUGGGAAAUCAUUCACAGAUUCAUGUAGCCUGAAACAACAUAUGAUACGUCACACGGGAGUCAAGCUUUAUAAGUGUACUGAUUGUGGGAAGUCAUUUACACAGUCAAGUGACCUGAAGCAACACAUGAGGUGUCACAGUGGGGACAAGCCUUACAAGUGUGGUGAGUGUGGGAAGGCAUUUACGGGGUCAUGUGACCUGAAGCAACAUAUGAGGUGUCACAGUGGUGACAAGCCUUACAAGUGUUUAGAGUGUGGGAAGGCAUUUACACAAUCAGGUAACCUCAACAUGCACUUGAGAUGUCACACUGGCUUCAAGCCGUAUAAGUGUAGUGAGUGCGGGAAAGAAUUUACACAAUCAGGUAACCUCAAGAUGCACAUGAGAUGUCACAGUGGUGUCAAGCCUUUCAAGUGUAGUGAGUGUGGGAAAGAAUUUACACGAUCAGGUACCCUUAAGAAGCACUUGAGAUGUCACAGUGGCGUCAAGCCUUAUAGGUGUAGUGAGUGUGGGAAAGAAUUUACACAAUCGGGUAACCUCAAGAUGCACAUGACAUGUCACAGUGGUGUCAAGCCUUUUAAGUGUAGUGAGUGUGGGAAAGAAUUUACACGAUCAGGUACCCUUAAGAAGCACUUGAGAUGUCACAAUAGCAUUAAACCUAAUCAAAGUAACUAGUAUGGGGAGGCAUUUUCACAAUCAGGUUCCUUCAGAGACUUAGGAGUGUUCACGGUCAGUAUCACUAUCACAUCACACAAGUGACCUUCAGGCACAAGUGCAAUGUCACAGUGGUGUCAAGCCUUAGUCGUGUAGUCAGUGUGGAAAACAUUUACAGUGUCAUGUAGCCUCAAGAUGCACUUGAGAUGUUACAGUAGCAUGAAACCUCAACCCAGUGGAAGACAUUGACACAAUCAGAUCAGUUGAAACGUUUAAAGGACCAAGUAACCUGAAGACCUAUAUCAGUUGCCACAGUGAAGUUGGAGCCUAUGCUUUCGUGAGUGUGGAAAGAUCACACUGUCUUCAAGUUUACUUUAGUGUGGAGUUUUGUGGAUUCACCCAUUACAAUGAUAACAUGUUUCAGGUCAUCCA